AUGACCUUCAUCACCGACCAACUCGUCCACCUCGACGCCCAGCUCGACCGUCUGCAACUCGACCGCCUCCCCACCGCCGACCACGACCACGACCACGACCCAACCUCCCCCUUCACCAGCACCUUCUCUCACCACUCCCACGCCGCCCUCACCCCCAGCACGCACGCCCAGCACCUCCAAAAGCUCAUCAAAGCGCUCAGCGUCCUCCCCAACCGCCCACUCGACCCCCACCGCAUCGUAACCCUCCUGCAAUCCGCGUCCCUCGACACCUCCCCCACCACCACCACCACCACCAGCGACCACACGCCCCUCGACCUCGAGCUCGAAUGGAUCCUGCUCAGCAAAGCCACCAUCCAGACCUACGGCAUCGUGCUCGACUCCCUGCUCGCCCAGACCCUCCCGCUCGCGCAGGACAUGUUCUACUGGGACUCUGUCGUCUCCUCGCCCCUCGCAACCGCCCUCUACACGCUGCAGACCGCGCCCGCCCGCCUCACCGCCUUCUCCAGCGAGAUCCUGUCCGACGCGAUGCACCGCCUGAAGGAGCUGCGUGAGAUGGAGCGCAUACCCGUGCUGCCGGGCCCGUACACCAUCGACCAGGACGGCGGCGGCGGCGGUGGCCUCGAGCUACCGCAGGCGGAGUGGCUGGAGGCCCCGUCGGAGAGCGACUCGCUGUCGCUGACAGCAAGGAAGUUUUAUGCGUUGGUGAGGAACGCGCUGCAUGAGCGCUCGUGGCGGGUGGGCGCGGUGUCGCCGCUGGCGCUGGCGCGGCACGAGAUCGGGCGGAAGAGGGCGGCGGUGAAGAGGUUGAGGGAGAUGAAGGCGUCGGCGCUGGGGGUGCUGAUCGGGGAGGGGCUAUCGUUCGGGUUUGAGGACGCCGCUGCGGGAAGGGGGGAGGAUGGCGAUGAGUGGAAGGGGAUUGUGGAGCGUGCGGUGACGCUGAUGGAGAAUGUGGUGUGCAAUGUGAGCACCGUGGACACCACGCUCGACGAGUUCGAGGAGACGGUCUUUGCGCUGGACAAGCCCUCGUCCUCCGCCUCCAGCAUCGCCCCCACGGCCGCCGCCCUGCGCCCCACAGCGGCGCUCGCAAAACAGCUCAUCGGCAUCCUCACCGUCCACCUCCCCACGCAGACCGCCACCUCCCGCGCCCUAAUCACCACCUACGGCCGCCCCUCCCUCCUAACCCGCUACUGGCUCCCUCUCACCGCGCUCCUCCUCUCCUCCACCACCCUCCUCCGCCUCAUCUCCUCCCGCCGUGCCGCACUCACAACCUGGCUGCGCGACCUCGGCGCCACCACCAUCGACUUCUGGAACAACUGGGUCAUCGAUCCGACCCGCCAGCUCAUCGGCACGAUCCGCCACAGCGCCGACUCAGAGGUCGCACUCAUGUCCCGCGACUCCCUGGCCGCAGACAUGCACAGCCUCGAGCGCAUGGUUGUCGACUUUGCAAUCGACAAUCCCGCCAUGGCCUCCCCCGACGCACCGCUCUCCGACGCCGUCCUCGACGCCGUCCGCGCCCGCGUCAAGGAGGGGGAUCUCACGCCCGUGCUCCGCGCGUAUGAGCGCGACAUGAAACGGCCGCUGCGCGGCGCGCUGGGCGGCGAGCUGGUGCGCGCGCUGCUGAUCCAGGUGCAGAAGACGAAAGUGGAUGUCGAGGUGGCGAUCAGCGGGAUCGACAGGCUGCUCAAGUCGCAGGAGCUUGUUUUUGGGAUGGUGGGGGUGACGCCGGGGGUGCUGGUGUGUGUGGGGGUUGUGCAGUGGGUUCGUGGGGCUAUGGGGGGCCGGCGGGGGAGGAAAUCGUGGGCGAGGGCGGGGGAGAUGGUGAGGGUUUUAAGGAACGUUGAUAGGAUACUGAGUGGGAGUCGGGGGCUGAAGGGGGAGAAUGGCGGCAUGCUGUCGUAUAAGGAGCAUGGGCUGUUGUUGUGUGAGGUGCAUGUGCUGAGGGAGUUUGCGAAGGGGGUGCUGCCGAGGGGGGUCAGGGCGGAGUUUGUGGAGGAUGUGGAGGAGAUGGUGGAUGUGAGACGGGGCGUGAGGGGGCAGUUGAGGGUUGUGGAGAGGGUGAGGUGGUGA